UUGUUUAAUCUUAGUCCUCUUGAUGUUUAUUCUCAUUAUGAAGAAUUACUGCAGUCUAUUUUUCAUUGUUUCCUUAAUAUCACUUUGUCUGGCUGAUGACUCACAUGACGGAGUGUGUUCUGUGGGCUAUGACACAUAUAGAGUAGGACAAACAUUUCUGGAUACCACAGGGCGACAAUGCAUGUGUGGACAGGAUUAUAAAAUUAUCUGUGACACAAAGGGUUAUUGUGACUACCUUGGUCAGAUCUACAAAGUAGGAGCUGCUUUUCCAGUAGGAGAUGGUUGUAAUAAAUGUGUCUGUGGCAGUGAUGGAACUGUAGAAUGUACUAAAGAGCCAUGUUAUCCAGGUUGCAGACACCUUGGAAGGACUUACAAGGUCGGUGACCUUUUUGACCAGGGCGAUGACUGUAAUACGUGUGAAUGUUUACCGACAGGGAAAGUCGUAUGCACAAACAAAAAGUGCUUCCCAGAUUGCUUUUUUGGUGGCCAGAGAUAUUCCACCGGUGCUGUUGUUCCCAAGGGCGAUGCCUGCAAUAGAUGCACGUGCAUGGUUACUGGAGACAUGCAUUGUACUCAAGACUCAUGUGAACCAAAAUGUGAAGUUAACGGAAGAGUGUACAGCCCUGGUGAAAAAUUUCGGAAAGGAGACGGAUGCAAUGACUGUGUAUGCCUGCCUGGAGGAAUUGCACAAUGUACCAAUGCUGUUUGUUACCCAGAUUGUUUUUUCGAGGGAAUGUAUUAUACGAGGGGUGACAUGUUUGACAAGGGUGAUUCAUGCAACACAUGCAAAUGCCUGAUUGACGGAACAAUACAGUGUACAGAAAAAUCGUGCUUUCCAGACUGUUACAAUCAAGGAAUCAGGUAUAGAGCUGGAGAUACAUUUAAGCCUGAUCCGUGUAACACAUGUUGGUGUAUGGUGACGGGCAACUUUAGCUGUACUGAAUUCUCUUGUUAUCCAGAUUGUCUGUACUUGGGGAAAAUCUACAAAUCUGGAGUCAAUUUCCCAAAGGGAGACAAAUGCAACACCUGUAUCUGCUCUUCAACUGGUGACGUAAGGUGUACCGAAAUCAACUGUGGUGAAACAUAUCCAGCCAAGAAACCUAGCAUUUUAUACGACAAGCCCGGAUGUACCUACAAUGCUAAAGGUUAUGCUUCCGGUCAGGUGAUUCCAGCAGGAGACGGCUGCAACAUGUGUACAUGUCAACCAGAUGGUUCAAUGUCAUGCUCAAACUAUCCCUGUAUCUCGGAUGAUGACAAGUAAAAGACCAGAGAGUGAAAGACCAAGAUUCCAUUUUAUACUUUUUUGAAAUCCAGUUGACAGUGUAUUAAUGUACAUUUCAUGUUGUAUCAUAGUUAUUCUUCAAUAUUUAUUAUUUCAAUGUUCACCUGUUUCGUUCAUUAAUAAAUAUUGUCAACCGUAA